AGAAUCCGUGUCCAUCGGGGCCAAGGGGCGCCUUGAAUGGGCUCGCCGCUUUCGGGAUGGCCUGCGUUCACUGCAGUGUGACGAUUUUAGAAGGAUGAUUGGUCCUUUGUACAGAAUGGAAUCUCGGUAUAGAACGGAGCCUGAGGCCUAGUUGAACGAAUCUCAUUGACCGGGAAACUCUGCUGUAUCCUUGGGGCGCAGUGUCUGGGCCUGUGGUUGACACCUGACCCCGGGAAUCCCCGCUAAGUAGCCCACUUGCCAUGUUGGAGCUGUUUCCUGUCUUCCCCUCUUACCGAGUGGUCACUGGGGCAGCUUCCACACAUCCCUGAACAUUCCCAAUACCUCUCCUUGAAUGUGGUGAAAUAAGAAAUGAGGGCUCCGUCGCCGACCAAGCGUAAAGAACACACUCAAGAAAAAUCCAAAGACAGGACCAAGGAAAAAUCUAGUAUCAAGGAGUCAAGUGAGAAAGAACGAGGUCGUGAUAAGACCCGCAAAAGGAGAAGUGCCUCAACUGGGAGCAGCAGCACUAGCUCCAGCUCCAGUUCGGGAUCCAGUUCUACCUCUGCCUCCAGCAGUGGAUCGAGCUCAUCCUCUGCCUCUAGUCGCUCUGGAAGUUCUAGCAGUUCUCGUAGCUCCAGUUCCAGUACUUCCUCUGGAUCUCCAAGUCCGUCCCGACGCAGGCAUACCAACAGGAGGCGCACUCGUUCAAAAUCUAAAUCACCAAAACGAGAUGACAAGGAAAGAAAGAAAAGAAGUCCAACUCCCAGGCCAACGAAAGUGCACAUUGGCAGGCUGACAAAGAAUGUGACCAAGGAGCACAUCAUGGAGAUCUUCUCUACAUACGGGAAGAUCAAACUGAUCGAUAUGCCACUAGACCGCUUCCACCCUCACUUGUCCAAAGGUUAUGCCUACGUGGAGUUUGAGAACCCAGAUGAUACAGAGAAGGCUCUGAAGCAUAUGGAUGGAGGUCAGAUCGAUGGUCAGGAAGUAACAGCGACUGCCGUGUUGGCUCCUCGGCCCAGACCUUUGCCUCGACGAAUGACGCCUCCACGUAGAAUGCCACCACCUCCUCCCAUGUGGCGUAGAACUCCCCCACGAAUGAGGAGAAGGUCCCGCUCGCCUCGCAGACGGUCACCAGUCCGCAGAAGGUCUCGGUCACGAUCACCAGGACGCCGGCGUCACCGUAGCAGAUCCAGCUCCAACUCCUCACGAUAAAGACUGUAAAUUCUCUGGGGCUUCUGUUUGUAAGAUAAAUCUUGAAAUGGAGGCUCAAACGUACUUUGGAAAUUUAGUGAAUUUUCCCCAUCUCUUAACUCUGUUCAGGUUGUGUUUUACUUAAGUUCUGUAAUUAAGUGGGUGGGUGG